UUGAUUCAUGACGAUAAUGAUAAAUAAGAAUCCAAAUCGCAUCUCCGACCCUAAUCCUAAUCGCUGCCCGCCGCCGCCGCUGAUUCUCGCCCGCCCACGUCGCCAGCGACGUCUGCCUCGCCGGUCUCAGUGCCACCGCCGGAACACCCACGCCCGCGCCUCGAAUCCCCGCCUGGUCGUCUCUCCCCUCUCCCUCGCGUCCCCCGCCUCCCCUCGCCGCACUACCCUAUCCCCUCUCCCUCGCGUCCCCCGCCUCCCCUCACCGCUGCCUCCGUCAGAUCUGCCCCGCACGAGCCGCCAGCGACGCCCGCCUCCUUCGCGCCCUGGGAGCAGUACCAACGGCGGGUUCGGGGGUCAGCGCCGGCUUGAUCGAGGCGUGGCCCGUGCUGACCAACGGCGUCGCCGCCGCCGCCGCUAUCAUCACCGGCACCGACCUCACCGAGAGCCGUCACGUCGUCAGAUCCUCCUCCACCGCUGUCCAUCUGCCAACCCCUACGCACCCACCGCCGCCAUCUCCGAAAGUCCCGGCGCUGAUCUUCGGUCAACGUCGUGACUUUCAACCCCGCAGCCGAUCGCAGGAAGAGGCCUCACCACUUGGCAGUGCCCCGAUCUGUUCUGCGUCCGCUGACGGCGUGAACGCGGGCGAGUUUGGUCUACGGCUAGGCUGCAGAAUUAAGGCUACAGCCAUCCUGGGUUUUUUUAAGUGCUGCACUUCUAUAUAUAUAUCUAGGUUCAAUAUAUCAAGAGGGUGGAACCUAAUUGAUAAGUGUGCACCAGAUCGUGGUCAGACUAAUUCACGAGUCUACCUACCCCACCCCUCUUGUUGCCGCCGCCUCUCCAUCCUCUCACGGGCCAUGGGUUCUGUUGCCGGCGACGCCGCCCGCCUUUCUUAUCCACCCACUCGCCGUGACAAUUCCGUCGUCGACAUGUACCAUGGCGUCCCUGUCGCCGACCCUUACCGUUGGCUGGAGGACCCAGAGUCGGAAGAUACCAAAGAAUUUGUGGCAAGUCAGGUGGAGCUAGCAGAGUCUGUGCUUGCGGGCUGCUUCGACAGGGAGAACCUUCGCCGUGAGGUCACUCGCCUCUUCGACCACCCGCGCCACGGGGCGCCGUUCCGUCGCGGCAACAAGUACUUCUACUUUCACAACUCCGGACUCCAAGCCCAGAGCGUGCUCUACGUGCAGGAUAGUUUGGAUGGAGAGGCGGAGGUUCUUCUGGAUCCAAAUGCACUAAGCAAGGAUGGGACAGUUGCUCUUUCGACGUAUUCUGUUAGCAAGGAUGGCAAAUACAUAGCUUAUGGCCUAAGUGAAAGUGGCAGUGAUUGGGUCACUAUUCGUGUGAUGAACAUUGCUGAUAAGCAGACUUUGUCUGACAAAUUGUCUUGGGUGAAAUUCUCAUCUAUCAGUUGGACCCAUGAUGGAAAAGGUUUUUUCUAUGGUCGAUACCCUGCACCCCGAGAAGUGGAAUUGGAUGCUGGAACUGAAACAAACAUUAAUCUUAAUCAUGAGAUAUAUUACCAUGUCGUGGGAUCUGAUCAGUCCGAAGAUAUAUUAUGCUGGAAAGAUCCUGAACACCCUAAGUAUUCCUUUGGUGCAUCGGUCACAGAGGAUGGAAAGUACAUCAUACUAGGUACUUAUGAAGGUUGCGAUCCUGUCAAUAAGCUAUACUACUGUGAAAUUUGUACUCUUCCUCAAGGGAUAGAGGGGUUCAAAGAGACAAAGGGGAUGCUUCCAUUUGUCAAGCUUAUAGAUAACUUUGAUGCCCAAUAUCAUGUUGUGGCAAAUGAUGGUGAUGAAUUUACAUUUUUGACCAAUAGAAAUGCUCCUAAGAACAAGCUUGUAAGAGUAGAUAUCAAGAAGCCAGAAUUGUGGACUGAUAUUCUUCCUGAACAUGAAAGAGAUGUGCUCGAAUCAGCUGACGCGGUUAAUGGUAACCAGUUAUUGGUAUGUUAUAUGUCAGAUGUUAAGCAUAUUCUGCAGAUAAGAGACCUUGUAACUGGGAACUUGCUUCAUAAGUUGCCUCUAGAAAUUGGUUCUGUUUCAGAGAUCUCCUGUAGACGGGAAGACAUGGACGUCUUUAUUGGCUUCACAAGCUUUCUUUCCCCUGGUAUUAUUUACAGGUGUAACCUCACAUCUGCGAUCCCAGAAAUGAAGAUAUUUCGUGAAAUUUCAGUUCCUGGAUUUGAUCGAACAAAUUUUGAGGUUAAGCAGAUUUUCGUCAAUAGUAAGGAUGGAACCAAAAUUCCUAUGUUCAUAAUGUCAAAGAGAGAUAUUGAACUUGAUGGAUCACAUCCAACUUUGCUAUAUGGUUAUGGUGGAUUCAACAUAAGUCUUACUCCUUCUUUCAGUGUUAGUCGUGUUGUUUUAUGCAAGAACAUGGGUUUUGUUGUCUGUGUUGCAAAUAUUCGGGGUGGUGGGGAAUAUGGGGAAGAGUGGCACAAAGCUGGAGCACGUGCAAUGAAACAAAAUUGUUUUGACGACUUCAUUGCUUGUGCUGAACUCCUCAUUUCUGCUGGUUAUACGAGUUACAGGCAGUUAUGUAUUGAAGGUGGAAGCAAUGGUGGUCUUCUGAUUGCUGCUUGCGUUAAUCAGCGGCCUGAUCUCUUUGGGUGUGCUCUUGCUCAUGUUGGUGUUAUGGACAUGCUCCGUUUUCACAAGUUCACCAUUGGUCAUGCCUGGACUACCGACUAUGGUUGUUCAGACAAUGAAGAGGAAUUCCACUGGCUUAUCAAAUAUUCCCCCCUUCAUAAUGUGAGGAGACCUUGGGAGCAAAGUUUUGUUAACUGUUGUCAGUACCCAGCAAUCAUGCUGUUGACUGCUGAUCAUGAUGAUCGUGUUGUGCCAUUGCACUCAUUGAAGUUGUUAGCAACACUGCAGUAUGUCUUGUGCACUAGCAUUGAGGAUACACCACAGGUCAAUCCAAUAAUUGGUCGCAUUGACGUCAAGUCAGGGCAUGGAGCUGGCAGACCAACUAAAAAAAUGAUUGAUGAGGUUGCUGAUCGGUAUAGCUUCAUGGCGAACAUGUUAGAUGCGUCAUGGACGGAGUGAUUCAUUUUGUCCUGCAUAAGUUGGAGAUGGUGAGCGUUGGGCACGUGCAACGGUGCAAGACAGGCCCUUUCAAACAAAUGAUCUGUGCAAGAACUUUGUAGGAUUUUUGUUUGACCAUUUGGAACGAAGGACUGGAGCACUAAAAAUCUUUUGGGAUUUCUUUGGAAUGGCCCAAUGUAUGAAGAUUUGAGAUGAAAGUUAGCAUGAGGUGUAACCUGUUAGAAAAUUUCUCUCUUGAAUUUCUAAGUUUUUUCUGUGGUCUGUUUUACAAUCCUCCAAUUUACACUUCCAUUUUAUAUCAAAAUCAUACGUUUACGUUUCCUCUAUGCUUGUGUUUUCUCUGUUACAAAGGAGUCCACAUCAACCCUCCAGACAAACGUGCGCACUAAAGUUUUGCUGUAAGCUUGGAAAGUAAACUUUGUACUCCAUCCAGCCUAUUAAUACUUGUUGUAGUGCACUUUGUCCA